AUGGAGGUAGACAAGGUGGUGUGUUUGCCAAGGUUGUCCCGGGUCGCUGUGUGCGGUGGUACCCAUGGAAACGAGCUGUCUGGGGUGUACUUGGUGAGGGAACUGCUGAAGGAGGAGAAGAAAGCGAUGGAGCAGGAGGAGGAAAAGCCUGUGUCAGUGGUGUUGGUGUUAUCGAACCCGUGGGCCAUACAGCAGUGCCGCAGAUACGUCAAGACCGACCUGAACCGCUGCUUCACCCAUGCCUCCCUCAAUUGUCCCUUAUCAGACUCGGCCCCCUAUGAGAUGAUCAGAUCCAAGGAGCUGAACGCCUUGCUGGGUCCCAAAGGAAGUCCUGAGGCGGUGGAUCUUGUUUGUGACCUCCACAACACCACAGCCAACAUGGGCCUGUGCCUCAUCGCCUACUCGGACUGCGACUGGAUCUGCCUGCACACAUUCAAACACCUGCAGAGGCAGAUGCCAGAUAUACCAAUGAGGUACAUCCAUUUCGAUGUCCCCAAAGAAGAAUCAUAUUCCCUUGAUUCAGUGGGAAAACAUGGCUUCGCCAUGGAGAUUGGCCCCCAACCCCAUGGUGUGGUGAGGUCAAACAUCUAUACGGUAAUGAAAUUUGGCGUGCAGCACAUGCUCGACUGGGUCCGUUUCUUCAACUCAGGUACUAUUAUCGAAGGAGGAUUUGUGGACGUGUUCACCAUGGUUAAACACAUCGACUACCCAAGAGACAGCGAGACUCACAACAUCAUAGCAGCCAUUCAUCCUCAACUCCAGGACCGAGACUUCUGCCUGCUUCACCCCGAAGACCCACUGUUCCAGACUUUCUCAGGUGAAACGCUGAGGUAUAAAGGCAAAGAACCUCUUUAUCCUUUCUUCAUCAAUGAAUGUGCUUAUUACGAGAAAGGCAUUGCUCUCUCCCUGGCAAGAAAGAGGCGUGUGAUGAUUCCUGCUAUCCGGGUGCAGACAGAGCAGGAGCAGCAAGCUAGCGAACAGGGAUUCGGAUCAGAAGAAGAGGAAUGA